AACUUGCCAGAGUACAUGGCUGUGGGUUACGUUGACGGCCUUCCCAUUUCACACUACGACAGCGAGAGCGGGAAAACAAAAGUCAAACAGGAGUGGAUGAAGAACAUCACAGCCGAGGAGCCUCGCUACUGGGAGGAAGUGACACAGAUCAAUAUUGCUAAUCAGCAUAGCUCCAAAGUCCACAUACAUACUUUUCAAGAGCGCUUCAACCAGACGGGAGGUCUUCACAUGAUCCAGGAGACGGGUGGCUGUCAAUGGGACGAUGAGACCGACCAGGUGGAUGGUUGGACUCACCACGCUUACAAUGGAGAAGACUUCAUAUGGUUUGAUUUGAAGGGACUGAGAUGGAUCGCCGUCCAGCCGCGAGCUGCCGUCACCAAACACGAGUGGGAUCGAUUGGGACGUGUAGAACACAGGAAGCAUUACAUUACCAAGAUUUGUCCUUCAUACUUGAAGAAGUACGUGAGCUUCGGGAGGGACGUCCUGAUGAGAACAGAACUCCCGCGGGUGUCCCUGCUGCAGAAGACGGCGGGCUCGCCGGUCACCUGCCACGCCACCGGUUUCUACCCCAGGGCGGCCGUCCUCUUCUGGAGGAAAGACGGCAAGCAUCUGGACGAGAACGUGGAGAUGGACGAGAUCCUCCCCAACCACGACGGGACCUUCCAGACCGGCGCUCGCCUCCUCGCGGUGGACGAAGGCGCUCGCUACGAGUGCGUCUUCCAGCUGGACGGCGUCCCGAAGGACGUGGUCACCCCGCUGGACCUCGCCGAGGUGUUGAGCAACGAGCGCAUAGAAGGUGAGACGCCGCAAGCAAGGAGAAAGACGGCGCUGGCCGUCGCCAUCCCAUCGGUCCUCCUCUCUCUGGGUGUCGCCAUCACGGUCUUUGUCGUCAAGCGUAAACAAGCCAAAUACACGCCAGCUCGUAAGUAA